UACUUUUUUUUUUAUUUCUUCGCAUGGAAAAAAGGCGAACGGAGACAUGCGCAUAUUCAUGUCAAGUGUAGUCUCAAGGGAAUAAUAUUUUGGCUUUCGGGGGCCUAAAAUUACAUAAAAAAUGCAUAAGCUGAAAUUCUCACAAAAGGACAAGGUUAAGAAAUUCAUAACUUUCACUCAGACUGGCGAACAAACCGCUAUUUAUUGUCUUGCACAGAACGACUGGAAGUUGGAACUGGCGAGCGAUAACUAUUUUCAAAAUCCCGAUGCUUAUUAUAGAGAAUCAAAGAGUAUUUUCAGUGUUGAUAAGAAGAGACUGGAGGCACUGUUCGCCAGAUAUCAAGAUGGUAAUGAACCGGAUAAAAUUACUGCAGAUGGGAUUAUGAAGUUUCUCGACGACCUCGGGCUCAGUCCUGAGAGUAAACUCGUGCUGAUCAUCGCCUGGAAAUUCCGAGCUGAAACCCAAUGCGAAUUUACAAAAGAGGAGUUUAUGAAUGGUAUGACCGAAUUGGGAGUUGAUAGCACGGAUAAAUUAAAGGCAAGACUGAACAGCCUAGAGAAUGAGCUACGUGAUCCUCAAAAGUUCAAGGAUUUUUAUCACUUCACAUUCAAUUACGCUAAGAAUCCAGGACAAAAGGGGCUUGACCUUGAUAUGGCCAUUGCGUACUGGAAUAUCGUUCUGGAAGAAAAAUUUAAAUUUCUCCAGCUGUGGUGUCAGUUUCUACAGGAGCAUCACAAAAGAUCAAUUCCUAAAGAUACCUGGAAUCUUCUUCUGGAUUUCGCACUGAUGAUAAAUCCAGAUAUGACUAAUUAUGAUGAGGAGGGUGCCUGGCCGGUGCUAAUUGAUGAUUUUGUGGAGUGGGCACAGCCUAGGAUUGAUCAGACCCUCUAACAUCCCACCGUUACAAUAAGGAAUUCUGAAUAUCAUUAAUUUAUUUCGUUGAAUAUUCUCUUCCGAUAUGAAAACGUAACUACUUUCAUACGUAACCUGAUGCUUGGCUUUUUUGAGAAAAAAAAAAUCGUCUAGCUGACGCUAACGUUUUUGAGAAACUGCAAUUCAAAAUGAAUUUCAUAAGAAGCUCUUGGAAUUCGUUACGCCAACACUGAAUGAUAACUUUCACAAAAAAUUGAAUAUCGACUUGAAAGCAGAAAAAUAAAAAGAAGUUUUGAACUACAAUCUCCGAUUGUACGCCGGCCAUUGCUCAACUUAUCCGUGGAAAAUGCAUUUAGAAUGAUAGAACAGAAAAAUAACCAGUCACUGCAUUGAUUUGAAAUGAUUAAAUUCCAAUUCUCUUUCGGCUUGGGAAUAUAUAUUUUUACGAAAACAUAAAAAAGAAUUUGUCCAUACGAUUGUUGUAGAUAUUAAAUACCUUGAAGAAUUUUAGGAAAAACGUUGAGAAGAAGAUAGAUAAAAGAGAAGGGCGACAUCAUUAAAUGGGCUAUGACAACGCCUCAUACACUACACUUGUAAAAUAUGAACAGAAGGUUUCCGUGCAUCACUUACCGGAAAAAAGGUAAUUCGUACUAUUUGUUUCCUAAUUUUUCAUGUUCACUUUCAGUUCAUCGAAUUAGAAAAUUUUGUUAGAUUUAAUAAUUUUUGGUUCUGGCCAUCUUAACUGGAACUACUUUUUUUUAAACUAUUGUUCUUUUUAAUUUUUGUACCGUGCGAUACUUAAAUGUUACAUGAAACAUUCAUAGCGUGCUGUAUUAUACAUGAAGUGAUGCGCAAAGGGAAAUUUAAAAAAUUUCAUUUUUUUUCAAUGUUUUAACCUUCGAGGGCGCCGUCAUUAAUAAUAAGAUUUGAACACUUGUUCGUGACGUAGGCCUGUAAAAAUCAUUUCCAGACCUUGCGACACGAAAAUUAUUAUAUGAUUCAAUGACUCUUAGGUGCUGAGAUAUAGUUGAAGAGAGAGAAAAAAUCUAUAUGAAAUUAAUGCUCUGUGGAUAAUCCCUCUUCCUAGACUUCACCAUCUUGUAACAGACGUUAAUCUUGAAUAUUCAAAUGAAACAAUCUAGAUGUUCAAUCUUUCAAUUAUUGAUUCUUAAACUGUU